AUGAACGAUGUUCCCUUGUGUGAAGUAUGUCACGAAAACACAUUCAAAUAUAAGUGUCCAGGUUGUUUAAAACGAACAUGUUCUUUAGCAUGUUCUAAAAGACACAAGAUUGAGUUAAAUUGCACAGGGCAAGCUUACGAUCCCAAUAAAUAUGUUUCAAAGGAGGAUAUCAAAGGGGCAGAUGAUGAGAAACGCGAGAGUAAUCCUUUAAUCCAACGAGAUUUCCAUUUUUUAACUGGUCUCAAACGUGAACUUGAAGUUCAAAAAGGUGAUGCGUUCAGUAAAAACAAGAAAGUAUUGAAAUCCAAUAACUUUAACAAUCCGUACAAUAGGAAACCUCAUUAUCAACUACCAAAUGAUCAAGAUAGCAAUUCUGGAAGGCAUAUGUAUCGUAGGGGUGUGAAUUGUUUGCUGUUACCUAGAGGGAUGAGCAGAUCGUCCAUAAAUAGAAGCAAAUGGGAAAAGUCUAUCGAUAUGUAUGUAUGGUCUCUGGAAUGGGUAAUCUUUCCACCUACGGAAAGGAGGAAAGAGAUACCUCCGAUAGAUACAUACAAGCAUAUUAGUCAUAGGAUAAAGGAAACUGAUUCUGUCGUCGAAGCCAUGAGUAAUUCUAUAUAUGAGAAGUGUUGUGAGUUAUUUGGGAUAGAAACAGAUACAGCCAUAGGUGCAGAGGUCCAUAGAUCUGUAGAUGAAGGGUCAGAUACAGUGCCACAAGAUAAAAAGAAGGAUAAACGUAAAAGACCUCAAUUAUUGAUAGAUAAUCGUCUCAAAUUUUACGUCAAAUGGUUCCCUUACAAUACUACUGAAUGUUUGGAUUCCAAAGAACUAAUAGAAAUAGCACCAAUGGGGGAAUGUAUUGGCGAGAUACUAAGAAACAGAACAGUGAUUGAGUUUCCAACGAUAUACAUUGCUAGAGAUAUUAAUGACUUACCGAAGGGACUUACCGUCAUCGAUGAAACUACAAAGACUGAUGAAGAACGUGGAAUAAUGAAAUCUAGAUACAACACUGUUGCUCCAACUACGACAGAAGCAACGUCGAAUCGGGUUACUACAAAUAAAAAUGAUUCCGAUGACGGAUCAGAGAAUGAUCUGCCAGAGGAGAAUUCAGCAAAGAAUGUCGGUCAAACGCCCGUUGUUGCUUCAACACUGCAACCAGCAGAGGAUAGCUCGAUGAAGAACGAGGACAGCGACGACUACGACCCAUCAGCUGCCUUCUAA